AUGAAUUCGUACUUCGAACAGACCGGCUUCUACGGCCAUCCGCAUCAAGCUGCUGCCGGAAUGAUGACGACAACCGGAACACACCAUGACCAGACUACGGCAGCAGCAGCCGCUGCGUACAGAGGCUUCCCUUUAUCGCUCGGAAUGUCACCCUACACGAACCACCACCUGCACCAAACCCGCACAGCGCAAGAUUCGCCAUACGACGCCAGCAUACAGGCCGCCUGCAAGCAGAUAUACGAGGGUUCAUACACCACCAAGGAUUGUGGCACCAAGGGGACCAGUGGCAACAACGGUACGGACACCGCCAACGGUUAUAAGGACGUGUGGAACGCGAACAGUGGUGCGGCAAACAAUGGGGCGGCUACUGGAGCCGCUGGUGGCAAUGUACCUGCACAACAAAACAGCUCGGUUCCGGUGCGACCCUCGGCUUGCACUCCGGACUCCCGCGUUGGAGGCUAUAUUGAUGCGUCCGGGGGUAGCCCAGUCAGUCGGACUGGUUCGGCUGCGGCCGCGGCUGGCGUGACUGGCUCGUGGAACACCAACCAGUGCUCGUUGACUGGGUCAACUGGUGGCCAAACUGCUCCUACCACCGGAUUGCACCAGUCUAACCAUACCUUCUAUCCUUGGAUGGCUAUUGCAGGUAAGAGAUACUCUGAAUCUCUUGCGGGCACACUUCUACCAGACUGGAUAGGUGCUAACGGAUUGCGACGAAGGGGACGACAAACCUACACACGAUACCAAACGCUGGAGCUGGAGAAAGAGUUCCACACCAACCAUUACCUUACCCGUCGACGUCGGAUCGAGAUGGCGCACGCUUUAUGUCUAACGGAGCGGCAGAUCAAAAUUUGGUUUCAGAACCGCCGAAUGAAAUUGAAGAAAGAGAUCCAAGCCAUUAAGGAGCUAAACGAGCAGGAAAAACAGGCCCAGGCACAGAAGGCGGCCGCCGCGGCAGCUGCAGCGGCCGCAUUGCACGAGCAAAACUAG